AGACCACGUAGAUCAAUUACAUCUGGACGACAAGGGUUAAAGUUUGUGUGGAGUGGCCCCUCCCUUCGGAAGUCUUGAGUGUAAUAGAAACUCUCAAGCAUAAAGCUAUUUUCUACCCAUCAUGGCUGCACGGCUGCUGCAGAGGAGUCCCGUUGCCGUGGCUCAGCUCUUCUCCAGAGGGUUGACGAGUACAUCAACAAACUCGGGCUCUCUGGAGAAGCCUCGGACAGUGAAGGAUCUGCCGCACGUCAGCGUCUUGGAGUUGCUCUACCGGAUGGUGGUUCAGGGUUUCUACAGCCGGGCGCAUGAACUACAGCUCUAUGAAAAGCAGCUCUAUGGGCCCAUAUACAGAGACGGAUUAAAGACCGUAUCCCUGAACACCCCGAAGCUGCUAGAGGAACUCUUGAGAAACGACGAAAGGUUCCCUUGCAGAGGAGACAUGUCUUUUUGGAAGGAUUAUCGUGACAUAAAAGGAUUCGGCUAUGGACCUUUCACAGUGGAGGGGGAGAGCUGGUACAAGCUGAGGGUGGCGUUGAACAAGCGCAUGAUGUAUCCCAAAGAUUCUGCCCUCUAUGGCAGAAUUCUCAACGUGGUGGUCGCCGACUUCAUCGCCAGGCUCCGCUAUGUGCGCCGGGGCAGCCCAACCGGAGAUUUGGUGAUGAAUUUGGCCAAUGAGUUUUAUCGUUUUUCACUCGAGGGUAUCGCCACGAUAUUGUUUGAGACUAGACUGGGCGCUCUGGAAAAGGACAUUCCGGCAGGUACGCAGCAGUUUAUCGACGCCAUAGCCAAGAUGUUUACCAACAGCCUGGCCGUGGUGGUGAUGCCCAAGUGGAGCCGGAAUCUGCUGCCCUACUGGGGACGCUACAUCGAUGGAUGGGAGGGCAUCUUCAGCUUUGCCAAGAUGUUGAUUGACAAGAAACUUUACGACAUUCAGCAGCGCAUUGACCGCAACCAGGAUGUGGAGGGAGAGUACCUGACGUACUUGCUGUCAAACACUGAGAUGGAAACGAAAGACAUAUAUGGUAGCAUCGCCGAGCUUCUCUUAGCUGGAGUGGACACGACCUCCAACACUCUGACGUGGACUUUGCACCUGCUGUCCCAGUACCCACAAGUACAGGAGAAGCUUCAUGAAGAAGUGUCUGAGUUGAAAACAGCAGAUGGGACCCCAUCUGCGGGGGAGGUUACCAGUAUGCCGUAUCUCAGAGCUGUCAUCAAGGAAGCGCUGAGGAUGUAUCCAGUAGUUCCUUUUAAUGCAAGGGUCAUGGCUGAAAAGAGUGUUGUUAUUGGUGGAUAUCAGUUUUCCAAAAAUACGGUUUUCACAUUUUGCCACUACGCCAUCAGUCACGACGAGGAAACCUUCCCAGAGUCGUUCUCCUUCAAGCCAGAGCGAUGGCUCCGGGACGGCCGAGAAAGGCCCAAUGCUUUCGGCUCCAUGCCAUUCGGCUUUGGCGUGAGAAGCUGCGUCGGGCGCAGAAUUGCUGAGCUGGAGAUGUAUCUAGUUGUAUUUCAAAUAAUGAGGAUGUUUGAGAUCAAACCAGACCCCAGCGUCGGCGAGGUGAAAUGUCUCAACCGCACCAUUCUCGUUCCAGACCGACCGAUCAGUCUACAUUUUGUAGACAGGGGAUACGAAAAGACGGCCUAGAAAUUGGCUUGUCUGACGGAAAUACAGUAAACGCCCACUAUUCCCAAGGGAGAGGGACUAAGCCCUGCCACGAAUGGUGGAAAACUUUGAAUUAUUGACAUCCCGCCCCCACCAAACGGCUGCCUAAACAUGCUCGAUGAUGGCGCCAAAGCACUACUUUUCUGUCAGACAGGGCUUUGGCACCAUCUUGUGGCAUUUUAGGGAGUUUUAGAAAGCUAAAAGGCAAGUUUUUCAGUGAAUAACAGAAGAUAGUUUCCCAAAAGAAAUCCGCCAGUGGUUGAAUUUGCA